AUGGAUGACGAUGAGAAGAAAUCUGGAACAAGGGUCUUCAAGAAAACCUCUCCAAAUGGAAAAAUAACUACAUACCUUGGGAAACGCGAUUUUUUGGAUAGAGGAGAUAGCGUUGAUUUGAUUGACGGAAUGGUCCUAAUCGAUGACGAAUACAUCAAAGCAUCAAAAAAAGUUUCAGUUCAAUUAUUGGCAGCUUUUCGUUAUGGCCGUGAAGAUUUGGAUGUUUUAGGCCUUACAUUUCGCAAAGAUUUGAUCUCACAAAAUUUCCAAAUUUUUCCACCAAAUCCACUUCCAAAUAAUCGCCCUAUGACAAGGCUACAGGAACGCUUAAAGAAAAAAUUGGGAAACAAUGCUUUCCCCUUCUGGUUUGAAAUUCCGCCAAAUUCUGCUUCUUCUGUUACUUUACAGCCAGCUCAAGGCGACACGGGUAAACCUUGUGGAGUUGAUUAUGAAGUCAAAACAAUUGUUGGUGGGGGUGAUUCUCAAGAGAAACCGAAAAAACAUAAUUCUGUUCGUCUUGCCAUUCGAAAGCUCACUUAUUCUCCACAAAUUGAAAGGCCUCAACCAAUGAUUGAUGUUACUAAAGAAUUUAUUAUAAGUCCUGGGGGACUUCAUUUGGAAGCAUCUCUGGAUAAGGAGAUGUAUUAUCACGGAGAAUCAAUCAACGUAAACGUCCACGUUCAAAACAAUAGCAACAAAACAGUCAAGAAAAUAAAAGUUUCAGUCAAUCAAAUUGCCGAUAUUUGUAUAUUCACUACUGCUCAAUAUACUUGUGAUGUUGACAAAAUUGAAUCUUGGUUGGGUGAAGGAUUCCCUGUCGGCCCAGGAUCGACACUUUCCAAAAUUUACACACUUUGUCCUUUAUUAGCCAAAAAUAAAGAUAAAAGAGGACUUGCAUUAGAUGGACAAUUAAAACAUGAAGAUACUAAUCUUGCCUCUUCUACUACCUUUGCAACUCUUUCACAUUCAGUUCGAGAAAAUCUUGGAAUAAUAGUUCAAUAUAAAGUAAAAAUCCGUUUAUUAAUUGCUGGAGCAUUAGGAGGAGAAUUGGCUGCAGAAUUACCUUUUACCUUAACACAUCCAAAACCUUCAAUUGAAAAUGAAAAUAAUUUAUUGAGAACAAUAACAAGUCCAAGACAAUUAAAUGACAAUAAUGGAAGUAGUGGGGGAGGAGGAUUGGAACAGUUAAAAGGUGGAGAAGGACAGAAUAUUAUUGAUAAUACCGACCAAACAACAACGGCUGAUGUUGAUCUCAUUCAGUUUGACAGUUUUGAUGAUGACGAUGAUUUGGUUUUUGAAGAUUUUGCUCGUAAUAGAGCUCGUGGUACAGAAUUGUUGGCUCAAAAUGAAAAUGAUUGA